CAAUAGUUUGACAUAUGCAACAUGGCGUACCUUGUGCUUCCGCUCUUUCUUUCCCUUUCUUUUACCAACGUGCAUAGUGUCUAGUAAAAGAUGCCAGCCACGGUCGCCAAGAAACCAGCAGCAAAGAAGCUGCCCGCUGUGCCGGAGUCCAAGCUUAAAUUCGGCAAGAAACAAAUCACGAAGCGUGUCGCCGAGACGAAACGUCGUUUGAAGCGUGCCGCUGUCGUUGCCCUGCGCAAGAAGGAGAAUCUGGUGCGUGCCGAGAAAUACCAGAACGAGUACAUCAAGGCCGAUCAGCGCGAGAUUAAGCUGCGUCGUCUGGCCAAGAGCCGUAACCAGUUCUAUGUGCCAGCUGAGGCCAAAUUAGCAUUUGUCGUCCGUAUCCGCGGUAUCAACAAGGUUGCACCCAAGGUACGCAAAGUGCUGCAAUUGUUCCGUUUGCGCCAGAUCAACAAUGGUGUGUUCAUCAAGCUGAACAAGGCCACCAUUAACAUGCUGCGCAUUGCCGAGCCCUACAUUACCUGGGGUUAUCCCAAUCUGAAGUCGGUGCGCGAGCUGAUCUACAAGCGCGGCUAUGUUAAGCACAAUCGCCAGCGUGUACCGAUCACCGAUAACUUUGUUAUUGAACGCAAAUUGCGCAAGGCACACAACAUUCAGUGCGUUGAGGAUUUGGUUCACGAGAUCUUCACCGUUGGACCCAACUUCAAGUACGCCUCCAACUUCCUGUGGCCGUUCAAGCUGAACACACCCACCGGCGGCUGGCGCAAGAAGGCCAAUCACUACGUCAACGGUGGUGACUUCGGCAACCGUGAGGACCACCUCAACAGACUGCUGCGCAAGAUGGUCUAAACAGCUCUGCGGUGGAAUAGUUUAAAACGAAAACGGUCUGGCAACAGCGAAAGAAAUAAAAUUAACUCUUUUUUAAAAGUAUCUAAAUGCCGUUCACAAAA